GGGGCGUUGGCGACAACUAGCUAGAGCCUAGAGCUCAUCACUCAUUGUCCACCACCACAUGUCCAGAACCUCUCCUCCCCCUCUCGCUCGCCGGCCGGCCGGGCUGCUCGGAACGGAGUGAGAGCUACCCAGCGGCGAUCGAUGGGGUUCAUGAGCGGCGAGGAGCUGGUGGUGACGCUGGCGCCGGUGGCCGUGUACUGGGUGUACGCGGGCAUCUACGAGGCGCUGCUGCAGCACACCACGGUGCUGGACAGGUACAGGCUGCACUCGCGGCGGGACGAGGAGACCAAGAACAUCGCCUCCAGGAAGGACGUCGUCAGGGGCGUGCUCCUGCAGCAGGCCAUCCAGGUCGCCAUCUCUGUCGCCGUGCUCAAGCUGGAGGGGCGCGGUGCCGCCGCCGCCGCCGGCGACGGCCGCGCGGCGCAGCCGGAGCCGUUCCUGGUGGCGGCGGCGCGGUUCGGCGUGGCGAUGCUGGUGCUGGACGCGUGGCAGUACUUCAUGCACCGCCUCAUGCACUCGGUGCCCUGCAUGUACCGCCGCUUCCACUCGUGGCACCACCGCGUGGCGGCGCCCUACGCGUACGCGGCGCAGUACGGGCACCCCGUGGACGGCGUGCUCACGGAGACGCUCUCGGGCGCGGCGGCCUACGUGGCGUCGGGCAUGACCCCGCGCGCCGCCGCGGCCUUCUUCGCCUUCGCCACCGUCAAGGGCGUGGACGACCACUGCGGCGUCGCGGCGCCGUGGAACCCGAUCCAGGCCGCGUUCCGGAACAACGCGGCCUACCACGACGUGCACCACCAGCGCGGCGGCGGGCGGCGCAACUUCUCCCAGCCCUUCUUCGUGGUCUGGGACCGGCUGCUCGGCACGCACGCGCCCUACGCCCUGCGCCAGAGGGACGGCGGCGGGCUCGAGGUCAGGGCCUUCAAGCCGGAUCCGACGCGCUAGCAGGCUGGCGCCACACCAGGCCAGCACCCAGCAGGGCUGGCCUCGUUUACCGUUUAGUUUUGGCUUGUAGCAGCUGUGUCCUGCGUGACUCUCUCUCUCUCUAGUGCCUGUGUCUGUCCAUGUCCACCGUGUCGAGCAGGUAACGCGUCUUGUGUGUAGCAGUAUGUAUAGGUAUCUCGUACAGAAAGAAUAAUCAUGUAACUGAUGGAUCCACAACUUGGAUUCUGUCUUUCUGAUGGUAGCCAUAGACUAGUGUUUUUUUUUUCUGAUAAUGUAUGGUAGACUAGUGUUACCUUAUGGACUGUUAGGAGGAAGCACCUUUCAGCUUUGCGAGAUGUAAAAAAGCAGAUGCAGAUAAACUCUUGAGACUUCGCAUUGCAGGAA